AUUGAAUAUAUUUAUUUAUUUUCAGGUGAGAACACUGUUUGUAAGCGGACUACCGAUGGACGCAAAGCCCAGAGAACUAUAUCUACUCUUCAGAGCUUAUAAGGGAUACGAAGGCUCUCUAUUGAAGGUGACGUCUAAGAACGGCAAGACUUCAUCCCCGGUUGGUUUCGUUACCUUCAACACCCGUGCGGGCGCUGAGGCCGCUAAACAAGAUUUACAACAGGGAAUUCGUUUCGAUCCCGAUUUGCCCCAAACUAUUCGUUUGGAAUUUGCAAAAAGCAAUACAAAAGUGAGUAAACCUAAGCAACAGUCAUCUCCACCGGCUUUGGCCACACAUCCAGCGAUGGCUAUGCAUCCAUUGACAGGCCUUGAAUUGGGCGCCGCACUGUUCUCUGGUGCUCACGACGGUUGGGCUCACCAUCCGUUGUCGUUCACCGAAAUGCCCUCCGCUUUCAAUCAACACGUCAUUCAUCCGGCACUUCACGCCCAGUUACCGCCACAAUUGGCACAACUGCCACAUCCAAUCAGUCACGCGGCAGCCCUGGCCAAUCAGGCGGCCAUCCACGCAGCCAUGCCACCGCAGCAUUUAGUGGCCACUAGUCCUGCUUUAGCCAGUCCUGGUUCGGCCACAUCACCCAACUGUUCAACCCCUCCAUGUUCUACACUAUUUGUAGCCAAUUUGGGACAAUUUGUCUCAGAGCAAGAACUCAAAGACUUGUUCGGGAGUUUCCCAGGAUUUUGUCGCUUAAGGAUGCAUAACAAGGGAGGAGCACCUGUUGCGUUCGUUGAGUACACGGAUGUACGCUUAGCCUCACACGCAAUGAAUGCACUUCAGGCUUAUGUUCUGUUUUCUUCAGAUCGGGGAGGAAUGAGGAUUGAAUACGCGAGAAACAAAAUGGGAGAACAGGCACAACAGACCAUUCCU